AUGGUGAGAGAUGUCUUCAACGAACAACAACUCUCCAAUCUUGUUGGUAGUCUUGGUAUUGGUCAUGUCCGUUACCCCACAGCUGGUUCAUCUUCUAUGUCUGAAGCUCAACCAUUUUAUGUUAACUCACCCUAUGGUAUCACUUUUGCUCAUAAUGGUAACUUGACAAAUGCUAGAGAAUUAAGAGCUUUCCUUGACAAAGUCGCACAUCGUCAUAUCAACACCGAUUCCGACUCCGAAUUAUUGUUAAACAUCUUGGCUAACAACCUACAAAAGACGGGCAAGUUCAGAGUCAAUGAAGAAGAUAUCUUUACUGCUAUUAAGGAUUUGUAUGGACAAUGCAAGGGUGCAUAUGCCUGUGUGGCUAUGAUUGCAGGCUUUGGUAUUAUUGGUUUUCGUGAUCCUCAUGGUAUUCGACCUUUGAUUUUGGGUCGCCGUCAAAGUGGUGCUGGGUAUGAUUACAUGUUUGCUUCUGAAAGUGUCGUUUUAGAAGCCCUUGGUUUCACUGAUUUUGAAGAUGUGAAGCCUGGAGAAGCUAUUAUUAUUACUCGCGAGCAGGUCUCUCGUCGUCGCUUAGUGAUUGAGCAAAACUUAGGUCCCUGUAUCUUUGAAUAUGUUUACUUUGCUCGUCAAGAUAGUAUCAUUGAUGGUAUUUCUGUCUACAAGGCUCGUCUUGCUAUGGGUGAAGCUUUGGCAGAUCAAGUGAUCAGAGCCUUUGGUGAUAAUAUAGAUAUUGAUGUUGUUAUUCCCGUUCCUGACACAAGUCGUGCUGCUGCUCUUCAAUGCUCUCGUAAAUUAAACAUCGUUUAUCGUGAAGGAUUCAAUAAGAACAGAUAUGUUGGUAGAACAUUUAUUAUGCCAGGUCAACAAGUGAGACGAAAGAAUGUUAGACGCAAAUUGAAUGCCAUGGCUUUAGAAUUUCACGGAAAGAAUGUGUUGCUUGUUGAUGAUUCCAUUGUUAGAGGUACAACCUCGAAAGAGAUUAUCCAAAUGGCUCGUGAAGCAGGUGCCAAAAAGGUCUAUUUUGCUUCUUGUGCUCCUCCUAUUCGAUACCCCAAUGUUUAUGGCAUUGAUAUGCCUGUCCGUCGUGAACUUGUUGCUUAUGGUCGUAAUGAAGAAGAAAUCGCUCGUGAAAUCGGUGCUGACAAGGUGAUUUAUGAAGAUUUGAAUGAUCUGACUGAAUCUGUUCGUCAAUUUAACCCUGCUAUCGAAACCUUUGAUACUUCUGUCUUUGAUGGUAAAUAUGUUACUCAAGACAUUGACGAAUCAUAUUUCGCAUACAUUGAAGGUGAACGCAAUGACGACGAUAAAUCAACCAAUACUGACAAUGAAAGCAUUGGUUUACACAACAACUACAAGAAGUAAUUAUAUAUAUAUAUUCACUUAUUCCUAGAUGUAUUAUAAAAUAAAAGAAGGAAAGAACAAAAUUUCCAUUGUAGACAAUA